AUGCCCAUUCUAUUUCAUUUGACCAACAAAAGAUUCGAGAUCCAAGAUAUCUUGAAAGACCCGAAGAGUCGUACCCCUCGGCCAGGAUCCUCGUUGCAGCUGACUUGGACCCCAAUCCAGGGGCAGCUGUGCGCUUAUUGGCUGCUCGAUAUUGAUGCUCGACUCCGGACCACCUGGGCAUCAAUAUUUUGCAGAUGCGGUGACGAGCUUCAAUUUGCGAUGCUCGUUACAUUUGCAGAUUCUCUAGGAAAGUCUUGUCAUUCCCCAGAGGGCAACGAGAGAUUGACAAGUGGUUAUCAUCCAACUGCCGUGGACGUGUGGAACACAACCUUGAAACCCGCCUCUCCACCAUCGUCCAUACAGACCUCGAACGGCGACCGCGAACCUCUACAGAUCCAAAGUUAUCAAAACUUCGUCGCCAGCUUAUCUCCUCGAGUAGCGACCGACUCUAAGACACACAACCGUCAAACGAGCAUCGUACAUGGCAUUCAGCAUUCGCAGCACUCGAGGAAUGGAAGUCUUGCGAGCUCUUCAUCAGGUCCACUCAGUCCGCAGAUGAUCGCUGCUGUUGGUGUUGGAUCUAAUGUAUCAAGCAUGGCCGAAUCGGCCUAUGCUUCAUCGUUGUCGACCAUGAGUUCCAAUACAUCGUUCAGCUCCAGUUCAACUUUGGUACCUGACCGACCGCCGACGGAGCAAAGCAACCACACCUUAACACAGCGCAGAGUGGAGAGAGUGUCAAGCGGAAGGAGUCGCAGAGGCGUCGGUCAUAAUCAUUCGCAUUCGCGGCAUAAGGAAGAUGUAAAGACUGUUGGCGAAUAUGCGUUGCAUGUACUUUUUACAUCCUUCAUUGCGCAAGCGGAAGAGAAGAUAAACCUGUGUAUAACGGUUCCACUUGAUCCUGAACCGCACAUCGAACAAAUAUGCGGACCUGGCGUGGACCCUACGUUCGACCAGCUGAUCUCAGCGCUUGGCCAUAUCGCAAGCCAGAAGCCUAAACCACUUAUUGACUCGAUGAUGUUGUGGCGCAGGAAUAAGAGUGAUGCAGCAAACGAUGCUAGAAGUCAACUACAGCAGUCUCGAAGUGUCGGCCUCCCCUCUGCUCCGCUUCCGCGAAGAAAUACGGAACCCCAUCACGCUCUUUCUGAAUCAGAUGCUUCUGGCAACCCGCUUUCCAUUGCUGCACGACAAGAAUUCGUUGCCCAAGCAGAACGUCGAUCUACAGCAUCAAUCUACAUCCUCUGUCGUGUGCUGAUAGAGGUGAUUGGACAAAGCACACUGACAUGUAUCACACCCGAGAUGGAAGAGAAAUUAGAAGGUAUUAUUUUCGGCCAGUUGAAAAUCGCGGACGCAGAUCAGCUCAGCAAUUCUUCUCUGAAGAUGGCAAAUUGGUUUCUUUUCAGUCAACUACUCGGAGUCAUGAGCGAAAUUAAUUUUGAAAGUGUUACGGAUCGCUUUAUUGCCGACCUCGAAAAGUCGCAGAAGGAUCUCAUAGGCAAAGGACCAGCGAAUAGGGAAAUGGAGGGAAGGAUGGAGCUUGUCUUGGGUGGAAUGAAGCAUCUACGCCUCAAAACCUACCCAGAAGACAUUUGGGAUCAGUCCUGCGAUUUCAUGAUUUCUCUUGGUCGCUUCUUUGCCCGUUCUUCAGGUCACCGCCUUAAAUACGCAUAUUGCCAAGCGCUAGAAAUCCUCCUCCUCCCAGUAGCGGCCACAGCAAAUACAGAACUGAAUGUGCCUAAGUGGACAGAGGUUCUUUCUACUAUUGGCCCGCGCCUUGCUUCCAUGUUCAUCAAACCACGGCAUUGGUCUAUUGCAUUUCCAAUGACAGCCACACUUCUUUGUGUUUCUCCAAUAGAGACCUUUUCUGCGCAGUGGCUUCAGCUGGUGCUGCCAUUACAGCCUAAGUUCAAGGAUAGAUACUCUCGUCCUAUAUGUUUACAGGUCAUCUCUCGCCUGCUAUGGACAUAUCUCUAUCGCUCUUGUUCUGAUUCUCAAAACGUUACGAUCAAAAAACUUGAAGAAGUUAUGAAGCUUGUCCUUCCGCCGGGUAGAAGGUCGUACGUUUCAACAGAUCCUUCCAUUGCAGAACCAUUGAUUCAGAUAAUCCGAAUCAUUGGGUUUAAGCAUCAGGAUUACUGCUUUCGAACAAUCGUAUUCCCACUUAUCAACGCGGAUCUCUUUGCUUCUAGUCGGGAGCUCAAAGAUUUCAAGAUAGAGCAGCUUGAACCAGAAAAGGUGGUCAUCGGAAUUCGUGCCUUCCUUGCUAUCAUGUCGGAUCUAGAAAAGGGUGACCAAGGCAGGCCGCCAUUCCCUCAGCAUUACCACUCUGGACAUCUCUUUGACAGGCUUCCAACUUCGCCCGUAAUGACGGCGCCACGAAGUCCAGUACUGCCCAUGACGUCGACAUCCAGAGGAGAAGAUCGCUUGUCUCGCCCCGUACUGACGAAUUCGCUCGGCGACGUUGCUCGGGAAUAUUACGCAAGGUUUUGCGAGAUUCUUGGAAAAAUCACUAUUAUUUGCGACAACACCUUUGGUGGACAAGCCGUGCUUGACGAGAAGUUCAACAGUCCCAUUCCCAAAACUCCCAUCGCGGAAACGUUCAACUUUGGACGUAGGGAUGACCAUCUGAGUCCUUCAGAAAUGAAGCAAGGGUUUUACGAGCUCCUUCACGUUGCGGUGCAAGCUCUGCCCAGAUGCUUAUCAACCGAUAUCCCCAUCAAGUCACUAGUCAACCUUUUAUGUACUGGAACUGCACAUGUGCAAUACAAUAUUGCCGAAUCAUCAGCACAGUCUCUCAAAUCCAUCGCUCGGCAGUCACAAGCGCAACAAGUUACCAUCGGCUUUGCUAGGUUCAUCUUUAAUUUCGAUGACAGAUAUUCUACGAUGUCUGACGGCGGCAUGCUUGGAGCUAGUCAUAUUGAUAGUACGCUGAAACUUUAUAUAGAGUUGUUACAGAUAUGGAUCGAAGAGAUCAAGCAAAAGACAAGAGGAGCAGUUGACGAUGAUAGCGAGGAUGGCAAUCCAGAUAUGCGGGGCAUCAAAUUAGAUCUCUCGGGGAUCUGGGCGCAGAUUGACGAGCUUGAGUCCCACGGCUUGUUCUUUCUUUGCUCUCAAUCUCGACAAGUGAGGGCGUUCGCUGUUACCGUGCUUCGCCUGAUUACCGAGUUCGACACCGCGUUAGGUAAAGAUAAUGGCCGAAUCAUACACAUUCUCGAGGGCGACUCUAUGCGGGUCAUGGAUUUCAAUGAUGAACAUCUCUCUGUUGCUGAGCGUAGCAGGUUGCAAAGAGGCAUGCGGAAGAGCAAUUCUCAGAAUGCGUUAAUUGAGCUGUGUAGUAGCGAAAUAUCUUAUGAUACCACGCUCUGGUUCAAGAUCUUUCCAAAUUUGAUAAGAAUCAGCUACGACCGUUGCCCGUUCGCUGUCACCCUGGGGAGGGAACUUAUCUGUAACCGCAUUUUGCAAAUGUACAAGGGAAUUGUGUCCCUCUCAGAGGCCACUCGGGGACCACACUACGGAUCCUUCGAUCGUAUAGAGCCAGGAAGUGGUCGCUUUCUAUCCAGAUCAUCGACUACGCCGCCUGAAGUUCUGAUUGAACAGUGGAAGCUAUACCUGAUAGUUGCCUGUACAACACUGUCUGAUAAAGGAGGGCAGCAGCCCAUUGCGCCACAAAUGCAGCAUCUCCGCAAAGGCUCCAAACCAGUUCAGACUCAAGAAAAAAUAACUUCUGCUCGGUCCUUGUUCAAGUAUAUUAUCCCGCUGCUGUCCGUUAGCCCCGCUUCAAUCAGAGAUGCAGUUGUCGUGGCACUCGGAUCGAUAAAUGUCAACAUCUAUAAAACACUGCUAGAAGAGCUAUCUAGUGCGGUAGCACGGUGUAACGAGGAUGCCAGGGCGCGUAUGCACCAGCGGACUGUUAGCAGUCCGAGAAGAAACCGCAAGAUCGACCUCCUGAGGACAGAAAUUACCCACGUUUAUAGAUUAACGUCUCAUUUCCUAAAGGAACCAGACAUAUACGAAGACGACUGGAUUCUUAACAACUUGGUAGCCUACACAAAAGACCUCAAACUUUUCUUGAUGGAUGGCGAGGUUCAAAUGGAUUGGGAGUUUCAAAAACUCCGCAGGCACUAUUGUGGUUUGAUGGAAGAACUAUUUGAGGGUAUAAAUCGUACCAAAGACACCUCCCGAUGGAUGACCUUCGAAUCUCGAAAAUCUUCAUUUGCGUUGAUGGAAGAUUGGUGUGGAUAUUCUCCAAACCAAACCCAAAUUCGCCAGAGAGAAGAUAGUAUGAGGCAAUCAAUGAUUGACCAACAAAGUCUCGGCGAACGUGGCACCGUGACGGCUGCAAUGGAAAUCGAGAAGCGGAAUCUCAAAACAGCUGCUUUGAGUGCCAUGGCUGCCCUAUGUGGCGGUCCCGUCAGCGUAACUACUGAAAGUAAAGCUAACUUGCAAUUUGAUAUCCGGCGUAUGCUCUCCUGGAUUGAUACGAUAUUUAGCGUUGGCAGUGAUAGAAUGCACGCCAUUGGUAGAAGAGCCCUGAAAAAUCUUAUCAUCCACAACAAGGAUUUUCCGUAUCUGUUAGAACAUUCGAUAUCGAGGUGCUAUCUAGCUGACGUACCCAAAGUUCUCGAGAGUUACUUUCAGGUUGUAACCGAGGUACUGCUUGAACAUCCAGACUAUCCAAUGCCUUUUUGGAGGCUGUUGGCAGUAGGGUUGUAUACUCUUGGCAGCGAGCUCAGUGAAAUUCGCUCUAAAUCAGCUCGGGUUCUACGUGCACUUGAGGAAAGACAAGCAAAAAGCUCCAAGAUCCAAGAUUACGAUAUCAGUAUAUCAGACAAAACGAAGGCUGUUUACAAGCUUGCACAAUUCGAGAUCUCCAAACGCCUUUCGCAAAAACACUCGGAAUUAGCAUUCCUUAUCUUCUCGGAAUUUACAGCAUACUUUAAGGACCUCCAGCCUGAUGCCCAACGCAACAUGGUAGCGGUGAUCCUUCCUUGGAUUCAAAUCAUCGAGUUGCAGCUUGACCCUAAUGGGGGUCCAACAGCUUACUCUUAUGUUCUUCUAGCCAAUUUAUUCGAAAUCACUAUAAAGUCAAGCAGCGGACUCCAUCAUGAAGUCCAAGCUUUAUGGCAAGCACUCGCCACGGGACCUCACGCUGGAAACGUGCAACUUGUGCUGGACUUCAUCAUGUCGCUCUGCCUCGAUCGUCGGGAACAGAACUUUGUUGAAUAUGCAAAACAGAUAGUUGUUUUCCUCUCCAGUACUCCGGCUGGAGUGAAAGUUGUGGAGUUUCUUUUGAUGCAGAUCACACCAAAAGCGAUGAUACCGAAUGAAAAGCGAGAACUUAUCCCGCCACCACCAGACUCCGUGAAAUUGCCGUAUGUGGCAGAGCUUUCUGACGCGCUUCCAAUGGGAGCCAACAAGCAGUCUGGGUUUUCCUUGGGACAACUGUCGCUCAUACUUCUUGUCGACUUAAUGGUUUCUCCAGAUCAGCUAGUGGCAGAGAAUGUACCACUUUUGCUUCAGGUCGUUACUGUGCUUUGGGACCAUUAUAUUCCACUCGUUCAAGAACAAGCUCGGGAGAUGCUCAUUCAUCUCAUGCAUGAGCUAGUCUUAUCAAAGACUGAUGAUGAAUUUUCAUUGCACGCGAAGAAAUCUAUUGAAGAUUUCAUUGAGUCCAUUCGCCGGCAUGAUGUGAACGUGGUUUGGGCUUACGAAGAUAACAAUGGCAAAGUCGAUGAUCAAGAUAACAAAGUCCCAGCUAGCAUGGAGAAUCUCACUACUGAAGUGGUCAAGUUCUUCGAAGUUUCGUAUCCAGGUGUUCAAGAGCGGUGGGGCAAGCUAUCUUUGACUUGGGCGACGUCUUGCCCAGUGCGACAUCUUGCUUGUCGGUCUUUUCAAAUAUUCCGCUGCAUUCUCACCUCUCUUGACCAACCUAUGCUUGCAGAUAUGCUUGCUCGAUUGUCGAAUACUAUUGCAGAUGAUGACAAAGAUGUACAAACCUUUUCUAUGGAAAUUCUGACAACACUCAAGACCCUUAUCUGCAAGCUCGAGCCCUCGGAUUUGCUGAAUUUUCCACAGCUUUUCUGGACUACUUGUGCUUGUUUGGACACUAUUAACGAGCGAGAAUUUUUGGAGGCUCUUGGCAUGUUAGAGGAAUUAAUGGUUAGACUCGACUUCUCAGAUCCAGCGGUGCGGUGUCUCCUCUUGGAUGGGCGACCUCCUAGAUGGGAAGGACAUUUCGGUGGUCUUCAAGCUCUUGUUUAUAAAGGUCUUCGAUCAUCUGUUUGCUCAGAUUUGACGCUCAGAGUCCUCAAUAAUUUGGUACAACUUCCAGACGAUGAGCUUAUUGGGGACGAUAGUCGCUUGCUUUUCGCCAUCUUGGGCAAUUUUCCAGGAUUUUUAAAUGCUAUGGAUCAAAGCAAUAUCGACGCUAAGAGCAUCAAGACUGCUGAAAUUCUCGCCGAGGUCGCAGAAGCCUCUGGUUAUAGCACUAUCUCUCGGGCUUUAAGUGGCUUUGCUGCGUCACGAUAUCGGUCAAGCAAAGACUUCCUCUCUCAACUCGUCUCUGCUCUUAGAGAAACAUUCUUCCCGCAGUGGGACUUUGGAAGCUUGACUUUCCUUAUGGGUUUAUUGACGAACAGUAUUCCUUGGUUUAAAUUGAAGACCAUGCGCAUACUAUGUUCAAUUAUCCCUGAUAUCGAUAUGGAAACCCCUAAAAUCGCUUCACAUGGCCCCGAUCUAAUCUCCCCGCUCCUACGAUUAUUACAGACGGGAUUUUGCAUGCAAGCCUUGGAGGUUCUGGAUAGAAUUAUGACGAUGGCGCAGACACCCAUGGAUAAGCAUCAUCUGAGAAUGAGUAUGACUCGUUCAUCAUCAAAGGCAAUUCGGAAAGAGUACGGCCGCACUCCAAGUCUUUUCGGUAUUCCUGAAGAAUCGGGGUGGUCAAUCCCGGUCCCAGCUAAACAUGCGGAAACAACGAGAGCCAAUGUUCACGCCGCAUUUUAUAUGUGUCAGAGCACAGAGAAUAUGGAUGAAGAGCCAGCGCCUACUCCAGAGGUCGAAUUUCAUGUAGACGACUUCCAAUAUGGUUACUUCCCCGCGCCGGAGCGAACAGAGACGAUGAUGUCCGAUGAAGCUCGCGGAGAUGGCCACAUCGAGAGUCUCGUGCUAAAACUAGACAGCCUGGAUGACUUCUUUGAAGAUAGUCUAGCAAGCCCGACAAGUGAUGGGCGCUCAUCAAGGACGAUCACCGAAGCAGGUUUUGCAGAGUCAGCGUUUCGCGAAUCUGACGACCGUACAUUGUACGAUGAGCAGACUCUUCCUAUUCUUCACCAAUCUCUCGCGCGAACCUCGAGCAGUGCUUCUUUCCAGAAUGGUUUUACCGACCGAGCCGUUCCUGGCAGCCAGGUCACCUCGAACGCCAUGAACCCAGGCGCUUUUAAGGUCAGCACCUCUGUCCCCCGUCCCUCGUUGCAUGCAAGAUCCGUCACUUCGCCAUCGGCACCUUCCAGCAUACAAGCGAGCGGGACGAACUAUUUAUCUGACGAGGAUUAUACGGAAGAGGUAUUCUCGGAUGGUGAUGAGGAGAAGACAGCACAAUCCGGACAAGGAUCAUUCUUCCUUGAAAAUAUGAUCAAGCCACUUAGCCAAGGCACGCGAAGCAGUGUUGUUAGACGACUCACGGGUGGCAGAACUAGAGACAACGAGCGCUUUCGAGAAAAUCUUCGUGCAGACCGACGAGGCAUGAGUCAACCGCCUCGUAGCCCGAGGGUUCCUAGAGUCCCAAGUUUGUAUUUACCGGCGGGUCCGAAGCCGUCCAGCACGAGUGAGGGGGGUCCGUAG